UUCUGUUCCUGUUUGGACGUUUUUUUGACUUUUGUAGUUUUUAGUGUUUAUUAUUUUGUUGUGAAUUGGAAAAUUGAGAUAAAAGACUAUUGAAGUGCAGUGACUACUUAGUGUUGUAAAUAGAAUGGAUCAUUUCGCCAAAAUUCAUUAGACCAUAGAUGCUAAAAUUGAAUGUACGGGGUAGAAGCUGGAGGAAGAUUUUUCAGGUUAACAAGGAGGCAUCAUAGAAACAAAGAAGAAGUAAGUAAAGGGCCUAAAUUAGAUCCUUGUGGUACACCUGAAAUUACCGCAAAUGACUGAGAACUAGCUGAGCCUGAGCUUGAACCCGCUGGACUCUCCCAACAAGGCUCCAAGAGUUGUAUAGGAUGCAAAAUUGCUAACGCAUUGAAAUGCGAUACCCAACCUGAGAGAACUCAAAUUUGGCAUCGCAUUUUAAAUUUUCGGUCCAUCCAGCAGCUAAUUGAUACUCCUUAGCCAUCAUGUCAGAAUGCAAGUUGAAUCCCCAGGAAUUCAUUAAAAAUGCAUUUACCCCACAAAUUGCAGUCUUAUGCUCACCUGCUACACAGAAGGCUUGUGAAAAAAAUAAAUUAGAUUUCACAGAGCUUCUGCAACCAUUUUCCAAGCUUAAUAAUGAUGUUAACUACAAGGAUCCUACUGGUGUUGUUACAACCCUGAAAAACCUGAAGCUGACAUUUUCAGAUAUAGAUUGUAGAGGAUUACACUAUUCUGUAUCAAAAAAACUUUUAAAUAAUUCAGUGAGUGAAACUCUGGAACCAAGAAUAAGAACUGUGGAAAUUAAAACACAUAGGCUUAAAAUACCUGAUUCCAUGCCUUGGUUUGAAAGUUGGAGAGAUACCUUUUUAUGGAUUAGGUACCCCUCAGAUCAUGAGUUCACCAAGCAUUUCCUUGGCUGCCUUUUAGUUGUAUCCUCCAGCGAAUCAAACCCAGUUGAAGCAAUGCGCCUACUAAAUGUGAAGCUAGACGAGAUGCUCACCAAUUCUGUAACUGAAAAUACACCUAAAUGGUUUAGUCCCAAUGUCCUAAAAUAUUAUGUACUUCUACAUGAUAAUGUUGAUGGAGAUAUUACAUCGGCAAGUGAAAGUUAUAAUUCGCUUAAAAGUAUAUAUGGAGCUUUAAACUGCUAUUGUUUAAAAAUUAACUCAAGACCACCAGGACUGAAUACCGGUGAGCACUUGCCAGAUCCUUGGAGCCAGUUUUUAGUUAACAAAAUCGACUCUCGGGAGAACUUAUCAAAUGUUAGCCGAGAAAUGUCAAUGGAAAUUGGAGAAGAGAUGAGCGAAUCCAAACACUUUAUCUAUCAUCCUCUUAGUCCUGAAAUUGAGGACAUGCCGGUUACGGAGCCUGAACCUCCUCUAAAAACUACUAGAAAAUGGAGUCAUGGAAGCUGUCUUUCUGUAGAAGAUAUAGAACACGUAAAAACUAUGAUAUAUGAGUUUACUGUAAGUUGUUUGGUGCCUUAUAUUGAACAGCAAAUUGCUUUUUUAAACGAUUCAGUGGCAAACAAGAAAGGUGUCAGCAAGUCACUGUUUAGUGCUACAAAAAGAUGGUUUAGUACCAAUAAGCCUGUCAGUAGUCCUUCUACAGUUAACCACUUAGUAUAUUUACCCGAUUCUUCCGAAGUUCAAAUUAGAAAGCUUGGAGAUCUAUAUUUUAUGUUUGAAAAUUACUCUUUGGCUUUUCAAAUGUACCACACUGCCAAAAGAGACUACAAUACUGAUCAAGCAUGGCUUUUUUAUGCGGGAGCAUUGGAAAUGGCUGCUCUCUCUGCCUUUUUGGCUAAUGAAUCUAGUAGAAAAACUUUAAAUUACAUGGAGGAGAGUAUUACUACUUACUUGACAACAUGCAAAAUGCCAUUCUAUGCAACUAGAGCAACAAUAUUGAGUAUAGAAUGCCUUAAAGCCAAAGAUCUCUAUGGUGAAGCAGCCCUUCAGUUAAUAAGGAUGACAAGUGAGGAUUCAGAUCUUCGGUCAGCUUUGUUUCUGGAACAGGCAUCCUGUUGUUUCCUACGGAAUAGCAUGUUAAGAAAGUAUGCGUUUCAUAUGGUUUUGGCUGGUCAUAGAUAUUUCAAAGCUUCCCAAAAAAAGCAUUCUUUAAGAUGUUACCGCCAAGCCUACCAAAUAUACGAAAAUGUAGGAUGGGGAUUAGCAAGCGAUCAUAUACACUACUCAAUUGGAAGGCUUGCAACCAGCCUGAAAAUGUUUGAUAAAGCUGAAGCCUCAUUCGCGAAAUUACUAACAGGACAGAGCAAGCAGUCUGCUAUGCAGCAAGCUUUGUUUUUAAAGGAGUAUCUGGCCAUAGUAGAUAUAAAAAGUAAAGAGGACAAUUAUGGAUUUCCUAUCCUUCCCGUCCCAGAACUUAAUAAUGAAGUAAAAGUUCUUGUUGGUCCAACCAAGCCUCUCAUGACGCCUGGAAAAGUACCUGCAAUGGGAAUUAACUUUAGCACUUCCAAAGAUGCUGCCAAUAACAGAUGGCAUAAGCUUGAGGAGAUGAUGGUAACAGAAGAGGCAGGAACUCAGCCUAUUGUAUUUAAGCCUAUGGUCAAUCUGUAUUUUUCAAAUAAUAUAAGAAAUGGCAAAGUUUUAGCAAUAAUUAAUGAGCCUAUUCAGGUAUCUGUACAGCUUGUAAAUUCUUUGCAAACUGCUCUAAUAUUAAAUGACAUAUAUUUGCUAUGGAGCUUCGAAAAUGAAGGAGAAACAAUUACCAACGUGGAAACGAAUGAAAUGGCAGAUUCUUUUAUUAAAACUUAUAUUACAAAAUCUUUAGUUAUUCAAGGAAACUCUAAGCAAGAUGUGAUAUUAUCUGUUACCCCACUGGUAACUGGAGAAUUAAAAAUUUCGGCUAUUUGCUACACAUUAACUGGCACAAGCACUAAUGUAACAGAAAGCAUAUCCGUGAAAGGAAAGCAACUAUUUGAUAUGAAUGGUGAUAAUACUGGAUUACCGAUUUCUGUAGAAGUUGCUGCGCACGCGCCAUGUUUGCAGAUGAACUUUUCCGAAUUAAGCACGGAUUUUCUAUCAGGAGAGUUGCAAAGAAUAACCGUUGACUUUCAGAACACUGGAUCCGUGCCUUUAAAAAAUAUUAUAAUGGCCACGUCGUUACCGCAUUUGUUAAGUAACUGUGAAAUAAACCAUCAACAAACCGAAUAUACCAUAAAUGAUGGAGAGACUCCUCAAAUAAAGGAAAAAUUGACCCGCAAAAAUCAUUUAACUACUGUACCCUUGCCUGGAGGUCAGCUUGGGAGCAAUCAAAGUAUUUCGUUCUACAUUUGGCUGAAAGCACCACAGGAUAAAGGAUCUUGCUUGAUAGAUUUGCUGACCUACUAUGAAAACAUUGAUAAUAGAAGUGUGCCAAGGUAUCGACUAAUAAGGCAUUGUUGGAUGUUGUCCGUACAAGAAUCGAUAUUCGCAGAAGUAGCUACACAGUGUAGCUUUAAUUCAGUUACAGCUAAAGACCUUUCUUUGGCCUUAAAAAUAACAAAUUCCAAUAACAUACAUAACACCAUUUCGACCAAAAUUACUUUAUUAAACCUAGCGUUGCUUAGUAAUAAUUGGAUUUUGACAAAAGAUUUUAGGUCGCCGCCGUAUAUAAACCUAAAUUCGCAAGAGUCUGCUCAUAUUUUCUGUAAAGCUAGAAGGCAAGUUUCUAAAGAAGUUCAAUAUUCUUCUUUACCCAUCAGUUUAGAGAAAAUGACCUUGCAGAAGUUGCCAGAUGCUUAUCAAACUUUUGCCAAAAAAAGCCACACACCGCUUCUUAAUGCCUUUAGUACUAACGUAGAAUGUAAGAAAAGAACGGGUACGUUAAUAUUAGAGUGGCGGGCGCUAGUUUGCGAUUCUUCAGCUCGUAGAAUUGUUUAUGGUCAGAACUGUAUUCCCAUUCGAGUAGUUAACAAAGAGCAAGAGCUUGACAAAAUGAUACAGAACGCAAUUAUAGACUUGAAUAGCCCAAUAGAUAAGUGCAAAAGAAUUGAGAACCAAAAUUAUGUUACAUACAAUUUAUUUUUCCCAUUAUUAGUUAGACAUAAUUUUACAAAACAGAGGUGCUGCAUUAUUCCGGUAAAAUUGACAUUACAUAAUAAUAUAGAGGAUGCUGUUCAGUUCACAGUUGAUAUUGGCGAUCCAAAAGUCGAAAGGUUUCAAUCGACUCCUAAACAACCUUACCAUAAACCAUACUGCGGACUUCAAAAUGCAAGUAAUUUUAGUUGGCUAGUCAAUGGCAAGAAAAAAGAAGUCUUGCAGCCCCUCUCAACAACAUCCGUUAAAUUAUCUGUGAUAGUGACUACGCCAGGUACAUUCGAGUUGGGAUCAAAGUUAAGAAUUUUUUGCAAUAUAGUUGAUAAAGAUGAAACAUUAGCGCUACAGUCAUGUGAAGUUUAUUCUAGUUUAAUUGUUAUUGACGCUUAAUAUUUUCUUAUUGGUAAAAUAAGUUUUUGAGCGUUUUGUUUUUAUGUAUAUUAAUAUAUUUAAUAAAUAAUUUAUCGGUUA